GGCAGCGGCCGCGCAGCCGGAGACGCGGACGGGAACGCGCAAGCCGCACCGCGUUGCGCGGGCCUCGAUCCUCGUAGACUGCACUGUUCCAGUAGCAAAGCAGAGCUUGCCAGUGGUCUCGUCACCUGGACCCACUGAUUUUCUGUCCUGAGGUCGAGAGCACCCCAGGCCGCUGCCAUGUCUGUCUCCAAUCUGCCGUGGCUGAAGAAAAAGUCGCAGUCAGUGGACAUGACAGCUCCAGGGUUCGGGCCGGUGGCCGGGGCUGGGAAGGCAGUACCCCAGGCAGGCAAGGCCGUGGCACCCAAGACCCCCACCAUCGAGGAGGAGCAGCACAACGCAGCCAACGCCCAGCAGCCGCCACCACGCAGGAGUGGGCUGCAGAGGUUCUACACCAUCGACACUGGCCAAAAGAAAUGCUCAGAGAAGAAAGAUGGGAGACGGAUGUCUUUCCAGAAGCCUAAAGGGGCUGUGGAGUAUACUGUUGAAUCAAGAGAUUCCUUGAAUAGCAUAGCCCUGAAAUUUGAUACAACACCCAAUGAACUUGUUCAGCUAAAUAAGUUGUUCUCCCGAUCAGUCGUGGCUGGACAGGUUUUGUAUGUUCCUGACCCUGAAUAUGUCUCCAGUGCUGAGAGUUCUCCAUCCCUGAGCCCCAUAAGUCCUCUGUCACCAACAUCAUCUGAGGCUGAAUUUGAUAAGACUGCUAAUCCUGAUGCAGCCCAUCCGAAAGAAGCAACUCCUACAUCUGCUUUUGCUGGUAUUCGGCCAGCACGAGUUGUAUCUUCAACAUCUGAAGAAGAAGAAGCAUUCACUGAGAAAUUCCUUAAGAUUAACUGCAAAUACAUCACCAGUGGCAAGGGCACAGUCAGUGGCGUGCUGCUGGUUACACCCAACAAUAUCAUGUUUGAUCCACAUAAAACCGACCCUCUGGUCCAAGAGAACGGCUGUGAGGAGUAUGGCAUCAUGUGUCCAAUGGAGGAGGUGAUGUCAGCUGCCAUGUACAGAGACGUUCUGGACAGGAAGGUCAAGGAGUCUUUACCCGCAGAAAUAGAUCUGUUAUCGGGAAGGACUUUUGCAACAGGAAUGAGUACCGAGGAAGGAGCCUCUUGCACUCGUGAUGCAGGCAACGACAGUGCUAGCACGGCUCCCAGGAGCACCGAGCAGUCUCUCUCUGAGGACGUGUUCGCAGAGUCAGAGCUCUCGCCCAUCCACGAGGGGCGAGUCUCUUCGGCUAAGCCAUCUGGGGCAUCCUCAGAAUCUGUGCAAACUGUCAGUCAGCCUGGGGUGGGAGGGCUCACGGCCCAGUCAGAGUCUAGUAGUUCUGCUCACUUCAAAGUCAGCACUGGACAUUCUGCCCAAGGAGCCGGGCCUGUGUCUCAUGAAACCGAGGUGAGUCAUCUUGAAAUGGCUGCUCAGGAAGGUGAUCUGGUGACAGACAACCUUCCGGAAGCAUCAGGCCCUACGGAGCCGAGUGAAAAAGGGCGUGCAGACCAUGAUCCUUGUCCCUGUGAGAGCGCCCUUCAGCAAGACAGAGGUGGGAAAGAACAUGUACCUUGUGGGGAAAUGACAGAAUUUAAACAAAAGCAAACUAUUAACAAAGGCCAGGAAGGAAAGGACCAAAGUCAGGACUCAGAGGUUGAAGAGCUGCGCAAACUCUGGAAAACCCACACCAUGCAGCAAACCAAACAGCACAGGGAAAACAUUCAGCAGGUGUCACAGAAAGAAAUUCAGCAUAAAAUUGCAUCCACUGAUGGACAUGUGGAAGGUUCUGCACUUCUAAAGGAAAAGAGGAGGCAUCGAUUACAUAAGUUCUUAUGUCUCAGAGUUGGGAAGCCAAUGAGGAAGACGUUUGUGUCCCAGGCCAGCGCUACGAUGCAGCAGUAUGCACAGAGAGACAAGAAGCAUGAAUACUGGUUUGCUGUGCCCCAGGAAAGGACAGACCACUUGUAUGCCUUCUUCAUUCAGUGGAGCCCAGAAAUCUAUGCAGAAGACACUGGUGAAUACACCAGAGAGCCUGGGUUCAUAGUAGUAAAAAGGAUUGAGGAGCCUGAAGCAAAUGAGGAUCCUACUAGUGAAGCAGCAGCCAGAGAGUGGGAGGUAGUGUCAGUGGCUGAGUAUCACCGCAGGAUCGAUGCUCUAAACACUGAGGAGCUGCGCACUCUCUGCAGACGUCUCCAGAUCACCACCCGGGAAGACAUCAGUUCCAAGCAGGCUGCUCCUGUGAAGGCAGAGCUGGAGUCUGAAUCUUUCCGGCCCAACCUCAGUGACCCCAGUGAGCUCCUGUUGCCAGACCAGAUUGAGAAGCUCACCAAGCAUCUUCCGCCAAGGACCAUUGGCUACCCAUGGACCCUGGUGUAUGGGACAGGCAAACAUGGCACCAGCCUGAAGACCCUUUACCGGACUAUGACAGGUCUGGACACCCCCGUGCUGCUGGUGAUCAAAGAUAGUGAUGGCCAGGUCUUUGGUGCAUUAGCAUCGGAGCCAUUCAAAGUGAGUGAUGGCUUUUAUGGGACCGGAGAGACCUUCGUGUUCACCUUCUGUCCAGAGUUUGAGGUCUUUAAGUGGACUGGAGAUAAUAUGUUUUUUAUCAAAGGAGACAUGGAUGCAUUAGCUUUUGGUGGUGGAGGAGGAGAAUUCGCUCUUUGGCUUGAUGGAGAUCUCUACCAUGGAAGAAGCCAUUCUUGUAAAACAUUUGGGAAUCAUACACUUUCUAAAAAGGAAGAUUUCUUUAUCCAAGACAUUGAAAUCUGGGCUUUCGAAUAAAUACAGUGCUGUCUGUCUGAGCAGGAUAAAGGCCCAAACCUGACAUGGACAAGCAUUGUUUGAAGUGUUCAAGAAGCAAUACAAUGUUACGUGUCACUUGUGCUUUCAAUUAGUCUGUCACCAUUUAUUACAGCUAUCAUUUUGACGUUUAUUUUUCAAAUCAUGUUCCUGUCCCAGAGUUCUUUAGAUUUAGACCAUCACCAGGUUUUUUGUCUGAAUUUUGACAGCAUUUUGACCAUACCAGCCACUUUUUUUUCAAUCCAUGUUUUCUCAGUCUGUUAUAGGAUGGUGCUCUUCUGUUGAUCCAACUUUUAAAAACUCCAUUGUUUGUUUUAUAGAGCAGUGUCACGGGGGCUUUGAGGAGACAGCAUCUUCCUGCAUGUGAGGUGGCACAGGUGACAUUGGGACCUGCUCACCUUACACUUAACGAAGGAGACACCACAUGCCAAAAGAGUAUGCACUUAGCAGGCCACUGAGCUCUAGUUGCGACUGACCUAUGACCUUCUCUCUUAAUUUUGCAAACACUCUCCAUUUCAUUUAGAAGAAUGGAUUUGAGGAGAAUUCUGGUCAUGAGACUGCAGUGUACAUGGUCUGCAGGUUUGGGCUUUCAUCACUGACUUCUCAGAUACAGGCUUACAUUGGCGAAGGAGAAUGAGAACUUAAUGAUUCUAUUGGAUUUACAUACUAAGCAAGAAAUUCUCAUAUUUACAUAUUAUAGCUUAGUAGGGCAUUGUCAUAAACACAGAGCACACGUGGAUGCAUCAGCUGUGUAGUUCUCAGCAUAGCGUGUCAGAUACACUGUUUUACAGUUCAGUUGUUUUAGCUUUGUUGCACAUUAGCCCCCAAAAUAUAGGCUUUUUUCUAUUCAAAAAGAAAAAGCAGUUUUCUUUUUAUUUUAGUGGUAUAUGUUAUUUUCAUUAGCAUUGCUCUUACAAGGAGCAGUGACUGUAGUAGACAAUAUUGUAGCUCAGUAGACUUGGUGAAUAUGCAAACUUACUGUCAAGUGACCUCAAAAAAGUGAAAAGGUAGAAUACACUAGUAGCUCUUAUCCUCUUUUGUAGGAAACCAAUAAGAAGCCAUUGUGGCAAUAAUUCAUCAGUUAACUUUCAAAGCUUCAUGUUAUGCAAAAACACACACAAAACCCUGCUGUUAUUCAUGUGACAGUGACUUUGUGCUGAAAUUUCAGCAAUUCCAGAUGAACAGUGUAUAUCUUGUAAAUUAAUGUUCAAAGUAGUUUUGUUCUUACGGAAAGCGUCGAUUGCCAGGAUACUUAUAGCACUUUAUUCUAAAAAUGAAAUUAUAAGCCAAAUACAUUGGCUUGCAUAGUUUUAGUUGGGAAAUACUUAAAUAUAUUUGGUUCUUUUAAAAAAUAAUUAUCUAAAGAAAGCAUAAUGCUAAUCAAAGCAGACCUGGUGUUCUGUUCUAAGAUGCUGUUGCUGACUAUGAACAGGAACACAGGGCUUCCCUCCUUGGCUCUGUAACGCUCUCGUUUUGUUGGUAACAGUGUAUAGGUUCCGUGUUUACAACAUAGGGAAUUGUAAAUAAGUACAUCAGGUCUUUUCUCCCUUUGGUCUUCCACAGCAGUAUUAUAUUGUCUUUGUGGAGCUGACUAAUCAUAAAAUAAAAUUUUAAAAAUCCUGUAAUGGAUUUCAAUUACAAUAAGCUCAUAGUGGUAUACACCAAAUAAAAUCAAAUA